UAUUUUUUAAGGAAUUUGUAAAGAAAAAAAAUUACUCUUCCAAUUUCGAUUGGGAAUGAACUGAACAUAGUUCUAUAUUUUUUUUAUUCAUUUCAUCAACUGAAUUUUUAUUCACUAUUUUUUUUUCUGUUCAAUUAAACGGUCACCGGUUGAAGGGUAGAUUAUAAUUUUCUUUUUUGUUAUUAAUGUGUUAUCAAUAGUCGGUGGUAUAAGUUUAUUAGAAAAAUGAUAAUUGGCCGGCUAGUAUUUUGGGAAGAUUCUUCCCCACGUUUAGGGAGGACCGCAUGAGACUGAACGGAGGAACACCAGAUCUUGUCUGUCGUCACGUCAGUAACAUAUCAGCAUCGAUGAAAAACCUACCGGCCACAACUGUUUACAGCACCAUAAACCAAUUCGAUCUAACAUGCAUUUAAAAAAAAAAGUAGACCGGUACAUUUUCAGUUUAUGGUAGAAAAUCGAAAAGCGGUUAAAUGACGAAUAUAUUCAAAAACCAGCUUGGCAUUACGCAAUUCCAGCUAUUGUUUUUAGCUACCAUUUAUUAUUCCCAUCCCUCUCGCCUUAAGAAAAGGAUUCGUAAAGACAUAACUUGCAAGAGGGGGGAACAUUAGGGUUAGGGUUGCAGAGAACACAGAGGAAGGAAAGAUUCAAAGAAUCGAAUACAAACUCUGUUCCUCUCCCGACCAAUGGGGCUUCAAUCUUUUCCCAUCUCUGAAAUGGACACAACCGACGACAUGCACGAAGCGAUGUUCGCCAAACGAGGCUGCUGUCUCUUCCUCCCGUGUCUCGGAUCAUCUCAGCCGUCUAGUCACGGAGGAUCCGUAUGGUGGCAACGAAUAAGAACCGUGGAUAAACUCGAGCCUGACGAGCGCUGGUGGAUGUCAGGGUGGAGCAAGAUGAGGGAGUGGUCCGAGAUCUUGGCUGGUCCCAAGUGGAAAACGUUCAUCCGCCGCGUCGGCCGGAGUCACUGCUGCGGCGGGGUCGGAGACGGCGGCGGUGGUGGUAAUAGGACGGAUCAUGUUGAUUUCCGGUACGAUUCUUGGAGUUACUCGUUGAAUUUUGAUGAUGGUAAACAGACGGGGCAUUUCGAGGACGAGUUUCCGUACCGUGAUUACUCGAUGAGGUUCACCUCGCCGUCUCUGCCGGUCUCCACCAAAUCUUCCAUUGAUUUCGACAAUGAUAGCUACGCGCCACCGCUGCCGCUGGUUAAGUAAGAGUCACGCGCUUGUCUGUUUUUUUUUUUUUACCGUGGUAUGGAUUCUAACGUGCGAUGCACCGAUGAAAGACGUGACAUUUUUUAGAUGAAAGAUUCGAAGAAGAAUUAUUACUUUUUUACACAUUUUCAUUUUUUUUUUGUUUGUAAUAUUCUUUUUCACUUCAAAUUGAAAAUUUUCGUUUGAUCAAUAUUUUUUUUUCCAAAGUUGAGGUGGUUUUCAUGAACAAAAACUUGUGUACGAGGGAAGAAAUAUUUUUGAUUGAUCAAGUCUAAUGCAAUGCAAAUAGUGAAUCAAAAUGAGCUCAAUUUGCAUUCAUCCGUCGGAUUCUACAAAAUAAGUUGAAGCUUAAUUUUCUUAGGACUUUUUGAAAACUGCUGAAAAGCCGUGAACUUUCAGAAUGAAAAAAAGAACAAAGCAAUUUACACUUUCGUCAAAAAAAAAAAAAACAAAGCAAUUUACAACUUUCAAUCAGAACAUUUUAACAUUCUUUUUUUUAUAAAAUUAUAUAUUUUAAUGUUCAUUUUAUUUUGCCAAACUGUUUUGGUUAUAC